CAGUUUACUUUUGCCUCAUUUUUCUUGUUUAGAAAAUGAUCUAUGAUUAAACACCAAUUAUUUUGAUUUCCCGCAGGACGUUUGAGAGCAGCACAUGAUGUAAUAUUCCCCAAACAGGGGGGAAACAAUAUAAAGCAGAGAAGAAAAGGUCAUAGUUAUUGUCAUAGCAGAACAAACGAAGAUUUUGGAAGGUGCCUUCAAAACACGUAGAAGAAAAUUAAGAUGCAAAACUCAACCAACAUGACAAUGUUCUUUCUUACUGCAUAUGGCGACAAUAGCAAUAUGAGAUAUUUGUAUUUUACAUCUACUUUGUUAGGCUUUCUUUUCAUACUAUUUGCAAAUUUAGUCAUCAUAGCAGUCAUCGCAAGUGACCACAAACUCCAUGAACCCAUGUACAUUUUUAUUUGUUGCUUGGCUCUGAAUGGACUAUAUGGUAGCUGUGCAUUUUAUCCUAGCUGUAUGGCAAAUCUCCUGUCAGAAACACCAGCUAUAUCCAGAACUGGCUGUUUCAUUCAAAUAUUUUGCCUUCACACAUAUGGAUGCUUUGAAUAUUCAAUUUUGGCUCUGAUGGCAUAUGACAGAUAUUUAUCCAUAUGUCACCCAUUGAUAUAUAACAGUAUUAUGACCCCAUCAAAGAUGGUUCAGUUUUUGGUUUUCGUGUUUAUUUAUCCUAUCUGUUUUUUUUGUAUACACAUUUCUUUAACCAUUCGAUUGCCAUUAUGUGGAUUUAUCAUUACUAAGGUGUUUUGUGACAACUGGUCAGUUGUCAGACUUUCAUGUGUAGAUGCCUCUGUUAAUAAUGUCUUUGGCCUAUGUUUUAUAGCAGUUGUCAUGAUUACACCAAUAUUUGUUGUUUUGUACUCUUACAUCAGGAUCCUGGCAGUGUGCGUGAAAACUUCAAAGGAAGCUCGAUCUAAAGCUUUAGAAACCUGCACCCCUCAUUUACUGGCUUUUGUGAACUACAACAUUGCCGCUUUUUUUGAAGUUGUCCAACAUCGUUUUGACCUAAGUAAUACAUCUCCUAUUUCACGAAUUAUCAUGUCAGUAGAUUUUAUUUUGUUGCCUCCUCUUUUAAAUCCCAUCAUCUAUGGUGUUAAAAUGCAGGAAAUCAGGAAAAGGAUCAGAAGAACAUUCUUUAGUACAAAACCAAAUUGUGUUGAAGUGUAAAUAUAA